AUGUCUACGAAGCCUAUCCAAUUUUAUGAUCUCCGUCUUCCAGCUCUCGGCGAGAAAGCUUGGUCUCCAAAUACAUAUAAGGCACGCUAUGCACUGAAUAUAAAGGGUCUUCCUUAUGAAACAAAAUGGGUUACUUUUCAAGAAGUUCAUACUAUAAUUCCAGAAAUCACCAAGACUGGCGAGGCUCCUACUGUACCCAUCAUUGUAGAUGUUGAGAAAGACAAGGUUAUUCAGGAUUCUUUCAAGAUUGCAAAGUAUCUGGAGGCCACAUACCCUCAGACGCCUAGUUUAUUCCAUGGCAAUGAACAGCUGCAUACAUCCAUGCAAGAGAAAUUUGUCACUCGCCUGGCUCGUCCUCUGUUUUGUCUUGUUGUGUUUAAGGUUAUCAAGGCAACUGGUGAUGAGGAUGUGCAGUCCUGGUUCCAAAAGACUCGGGAAGCCAAGUAUGGAAUGCCUAUUGAACAGUUUGCGGGAAAUCCAGAGGACCGUAUUAAGGAGAUUCAUGAAGGAUUGAAAGAUACCAGAAAGACUUUAACAGAAACGCCUUAUUUGACCGGAUCAAAAGUUGGUUGGGCCGAUGUCGUGUUGUUCUCGCAGUUAAAGAUGAUAGAUUCUAUUGAUAAGGCAUUACUGGAGUCAAGAAUAUUGGAUGGUACAAAUGGAGAAAAGUCACUGAGAGAGUGGUAUGAGCGUAUGUCUCAGUACGAAUAA